UUCAAGUUUGCAUCGACGUUACAUGGUCGCAGUGGACUGUUAGAACCUCAUUUGCAUCAAAUUGAAGAAUUCUUAUUUAAACAAUUUAAAUAUAUUUUAAUAACGUAAAUAACGAAGAUGGAACGCAACAUCUAUUAUUCCGACAAAUAUUACGACGUGGAGAACGAAUACAGGCAUGUUGUUUUGCCAAAAGAAAUGGUGAAACUAGUACCAAAAACUCAUCUUAUGUCUGAACAAGAAUGGAGAGGAAUUGGCAUCCAACAGAGCAAGGGAUGGGUACACUACAUGAUACAUUCUCCAGAACCACACAUUUUAUUAUUCAAGAGGCCCAUCACCACACCACCUGAGAAACGGGAUAAUUAAAACUUACCUAGAAGUAUAUUUUGUACAUUUGUUUAUAAUUUUUUAUACUUUUAUAUGAAAUGUUGAGAAUCAAUCAGGCUUUCUAUUAAUUAAUUUCUAAUAUUUGUGGAUAAUAUCCUCUUUUAGUUAAUUAAUUUCUAUGUAUUUCCUGUCUUAAGGCUGUUUUUAGUAUUAGUGUAUACAAAAAUAUUUUACUCUUUACAAUUUGUCAAUGUUUUGCUACUUAUGUGUUAGUUUUAUUUUUGUAAGUACUUUAAAAUUAAAUACAUCUAAUGAUUAAUUUAUA